GUCCAAUCAUGGAAGCUAAGCAAUCUUGAAGGGAUUCUGUGUCUUGGAUGGUGUCCAUUCCACUAGCCAAACAGCAUCACCAGCUACCAACGCUGACUGAUUGUUCCCUGAGGGGACUGAAGUUUUCUCGACGCUGUCCUAUGGUGUGAAGGACAGAACGGUUUUGCCACCAUGAAGAGUGUUCAGCACGCAAUUCGGAACCGACUCCAUGUACACCGACAUGACAAGCAUCAUGAGGACCACACUGAGGAAUCCCGAUACCACAAGGGACAGGAUGGGGAAAAAAUACAACUUGAUUACCAUAACUUCAACAUGAGUAAUCAGAAAGAAGCAGACGAGUCCUCAAUGGCCUCCACAGAGUCUCUCUCCACAGUCUCAGAAGUGAUCGCUGGCAGCCAUGACACCAGCAGCAACAAGGACUUUGAAGACAAAACAGUGUAUGAAGCACAGCUCACUCAGCUACAAGAGCAGCUUGUUACGGUCAUGAUUGAAAACCAGGCACUUCAUGCUCAAGUUCAAGAUUAUGAAAACAGUAGUCAAGUUAAUGCUCUUAAAGAACAGUUAGAGGCUGAACAGGAGAAAUGUGAACAACUCCACCUGCAGUUACUUGAAGAGAAGAAAAAAGGUUUGAGUGCGAAAAAGUUAGGCUUGUCAAGUUCAACAGAGAGCGUGCCAGAAGUGGAGAUAGCAGAGCCAGCUACAAACUAUGUAAUGCAAGAUGGUCCUGAUGGGGGAGGUGGACCUUCGCAGAAGACACCCCCUCCAAGACGUGCCCUGGCUGUGAGGCUGUGGGAGUGUGUGUUUGGUUGGGUGUAUGAGCUGCUGGAGGACUUGGAACCUCUGGAGCCUAAGGGUGAAGAAGAUGGGGAGGGGCCUCCACUCACUGUCAAACAGCUGAAAGAGAACAUAAAGAGAUUCAAAACUGCUCUCACACCAUACAUUAACACCUUUAAAGGCAUCCAUAGGUUAAUGACCUGGAAGUCACCUGCUUUUACACUGCUCGUUUUUGGGGUAUACAUGUAUACAGUUUACCAGGGACUCUUCCUGCCAUGUACGCUUUUCCUUCUCACCUUCCGCCUUGGAAUCAACUACCUUAGACACAGAGGAAUGAAUAUUAAUUUCAACUACCUGGAUCCAGGGGAAGAAGAUAAAAAGGAUGCUGAAGAAAAGGGGAUGUCAGACAAGUUCAACUUGGUGUUAUUUGUGGCCCGUAAAGUCCAGAAUGUUUUAGGUACCUUGGCAGACAGCUUGGAGAAGAUUAAAAACUUAUUCAUCUGGGAGCAGCCAGAAGCCACUAGCACCCUUUUCUUUGGCCUCUUUUUUGGAUUUGUACUUUCCCUCAUUUUUGAAACUGGAGUCCUGUUUUACUUGGCUGGGCUGUAUCUGGGAGUGAAAUUAUUUGUCAUUGACUACUUCUUUAACCGGUACCCAAGACUAAAGCGAAAGCGUGACACUGUGUACAAAAUCUGGUUGUCCUUGCCAACAGACAUUGAGAAGGAGAAAAGAAGUGUACGAUCUGAGAUUGAUAAGUAUAUACUCCCUCAGCAGCAAUCUUACUCUGAGAAUGAGGUCUGGUCUGAAUCCCAGAUGGAACACAUGACACGUGAUGACAAAUCUUUCUGUGAACUGUUCUCCUUGCCACUGAGUGAAUGUCCAUUGCCAGGUUGGCAUGGCGGUAAAAGAUGCACAUUGAUUAACAAGGACAAGUCUAUUACAGGAGCUUUCAAGAAUGGGCGACUCUAUCUCACCAGGAGUUUUCUUUGCUUUGAAAGAUCAAAAACACCUACACCAAAAAAUAUUGUGAUACCUUUAUGCGAUAUUGCCCAUAUCGAAAAGGCUAAACCCUAUUCUUGGAUGCCUGGAGGAGGAAUGGCAAUUGAGAUCACUUUAGUAGGGUCUGAUAAGCACCUGCUGUUUGGAGCCUUUCUGAACAGAGAUGAAACUUUCCAGAGCAUUGUGUCUUGUGGAGCAAAGAAGGAUUGUGCUUGGGCAAUUGCAAACACCGAGCACCCGCCAGAUAGCCCCGCAACAAAAAGAAGUAAUAGCAGCCAUAGCAGCCAUGGCAGCCAUGGCAGUGGCCCACAUGAUGGCGAGGGGAAGCAUUUCUCCAGCUUGACUGUUGUCAAGUAAUAAUAUUCACAAACAAGAGUGUACAUUUAUGGUUAACUAAGUUAAUACACAUUACAGGUCAUUACAGCAUUAGUGACAUCCCAAUGCAAGAUGACAGCACCAAAGGGCAGAUUUUGUAUUUUAGGUAUUUUAGGUGAAACACAGCAAUCUAAUCCUCUUUUAAUUGGUUUUCUGCAGUCCACCAUAUACCACUCCAUGCUAAAAUUGGAAGAUUGACCCUGUCGUGCCACAAAUCAGCGUCAUCGCAAAUGGUUGUCACUCAUGUUCUG